GAUAAGAUAAGCCACUGAUCACUGAUGAGAGAGAGAAGAGAACCGUUGGCGUUGGGUGCAUCGUGCAUGUGACAAACAAACCAUCAAAUAAAAAAAAGGUGAUGGGUUAAGCAAGAGCGUUGAAUCCGGUAGCUUUAUCCAAAAUUGUAGGUAAAGUGGGGGCGAAAUUACAUUUGGGAUGCAUUUGGUUUGCAUUUUGGUUUGCGUGUGUUUUGUCCUAUCUGGGUGCGUCAACCCCACAAGUGUAAAGUCACCCAGCUUCAGCAUUUCUAUAAAUGCCCUAUUCCUUACACUUCUCUCUUGUUUAAUUUUAGCUUUAGGUUCUUCGGUGAGAGUUAGAGAGAGAGAAGAAGGCUUUUUUCUUCUUUCUUUUUUCUUUUUUGUUGGUUUCUCUUGUUCUUUUUUGUAGGUACUGAGGAAGAAAGACCAAGACUUUAUCCGUGUGCUUCACUUAGCUCAAGAGCGUACAAUUCAGGCAAAGGCCUUGAAGUCGGAGUGUGUUAAGGUUUCUUAGGAGUUGCUGCUGUCUUGACUGAAGAAAUGGAGGUAUAUGGCAAAUCUAUGGUUGCAGGUCCUGCAAAUGUUAUUUUUCUGUCAAGUAUUUUGGGCCAAGAAGGUCCGAUUCCUGGUCACAAAUGCGACUGGAAAUGUCAAAAUGAACAUGUUUGUGGAAACAUGUAUCGCUGCAAGCUAACUGGGCUUACUCACAUCUGUGAUAAAAAUUGUAACCAGAGAAUUCUGUAUGACAACCAUAGUUCCCUUUGUCGAGCUAGUGGUCAAAUUUUCCCCCUUACACCAGCAGAGGAACAGGCGGUGAGAGGCGUUCGAAGAAAGCUCGAUGCAGAGAAUUUGCCUUCUGAAAGCUGUGGUUUUAAGCGUAGACGGGGGGAUGCCCAAUUCCAUCCUUCUCCUUUUGAGAGAUCUUUCUCUGCUGUCAGCCCUAUCUGCAGCCAAGUUGGAGAUGGCAUGGAUAUGAGCUAGAUAUAUAUAUAUAUUAUUUAACUGAAAAAACUCUAUCAUUUCACUUGUCCUUUUUUUCUCCCUUUUUCUAUCAUGAGUAUGAAUAAACGGAACUUGAACAAUUAUGGUUACUUAUCGAUGGACAUGUAUGUUCAUCUAUUGUAGGAACUCCUUAUAUUUCUAGUAUCAAUGUAAUGUAGUGCUUAAUGUAGCUUGACUGUUAAAUGGGGAUUUGAGUAGGCUUUAUUUGGCAUUCAGAUAGUUAUGAAAUCUGAAUUGACUUCAGUUUCUUGCUAACCUUGGUGAGAAGCAGACUUUGUAGCUGGAUCUGAAUGGUGCACUAUGAAUCGACCAUGUACUUUAACUGUUUUAACAUUUUCUAGCCAGUUGUUAGGUUUCUAGUGUUUCUGUAAUCACAGGGCAGCGUUAUUCAACUAUUAGUGUACUCAUUGCCAAGAGUAGUGCUGUUAAGUUGUAUUAUUUUACUCCUUUUAUAUCCCUCAAUUCCACUGGAAACUGCUCACCAUUAUCGAUCUUAUCACUUAUUAGGCUUUCAGGGUCAGGUUGAUUGCCUUGACUUCUGUAAGCUCAGGUUCUCUCCAGUUCCUCACGUGGACAAAGUUGUGCAUGUGAAAACUAAUUUUUAAUUUUGCUGCCUAAUUUCUUGAUCUUUUGCAGGCUCAAGAGAGAUGUUCACAUUUUCAUAAUAUUCAUGUUUUGAUUAUCUUAUUUGUUCCAUGAGUUAACUGAUGUCUGGCUGUCUGAGUUUAAUGUGACUUGUGCAGGUUUUGAAGCAUAUGCUACCAAGGAGCAUUCAAAACAUUUGUGUUGCAAUACUGAAUUACAUUUUAAUAUGGAUUUGCUCUAGACUAGAAGAUGAAAUAUUGAUACUUCUCUUUUUUUCUUGUAGGUAUAAGCUUAGCUGCUCAGGCUCUAAUAUACCCCUGCCGAAGUUUAUACAACAAUGAUGGGCCUGUAAGUAACGAGUCAUGAUGAGACUAAGCAGCUGGGACCUGGCACGGAGUGGAUGUAACAGUUGAGGAAAGGACAGUUAUGAUGCUCCCAACAAGUUUUGGUGGAUGAUCAAGACACUAUGAAAAGUUGAAAAAGUCUGCAUACUUAAAUUCAACGUAGUUUGAAUUUUGAAGUACAAGACCAAAUGAAUUUGUCUUUCACUAUCAUUUCUUGCCUUGGUGACUUGUUGGUCAUGGGUUCGAAUCCGGAAACAAUCUCUUUGCAUAUGCAAGGGUAAGGCUGCGUACAACAUCCCUCCCCCAUAUCUUCGCAUAGCGAAGAGCCUCUGGGCAAUGGGGUACGAAGUUUUUUAUCAUUUCUUGCCUGUGGACUGUAGUGAUUGAACAAAUAAAAGUGACCUGUCCUGGGAUACUGACAGGUGACAAUUAUCAGCACUGUUUAUCACUCCAGCCUGCCUAUAUUGGAGGAUUGAAAGUGAUUUUCCCUUUAUUUGAAUCGGGAAAGUAAACUCUCCCCAGCCUUGAUGAUGUUUUUUGCUUCUGUAUUCCAGGCAAAUGUAAGUUUGUAUCCUGAUAUUUAAAUGCCGGAGGUUUGUAAUUUGUAAGCAUAUCUUAGUUUCUAUUCUUUUGACAUUUUGUAUCACACCUUAUAGAUCAUUAAUGAAAUUUGGAAUAUUCAAGUUUUAUGCAGUUA